AGAGCAUUUUGGCUUUAUUUGAAGUUGAGCCAUCAUCGUUUUCUGGUCGUUCAGACCUGGCCAUUUUCAAUUAUGUCGCGGCCACUCCGGCUACUCCUUGGCCAGCUUUUCAUGGUGUUGGCAUUCAAGUUCGACUUGAACCACGAUGGAGCGAAGAAUAAGGGGCCAGACGGCUCCAGUGAGGAAGUGAUGCCUCAUUGGCACCCAGAAUGCGGCAGUGAGAACCUGCCGCAGGAAACGAUCGCACUGAUUGAAGUGGAGGAGCUUUCAACCACGCAAGCUGGAGAAAACCCACCACCGCCCGCGGGCUUUUCCGAUGCUGUCAGCAUUUACGAGGAUGAACACAUUUUGGAACUCAAGGCCGCGCCGGCAUUGGUGCAACGGAGUUAUCGGCGUCGCAUCAGCCGACGCCGCGAAUACAGCCUUUGCUUGGAAGGGUUUGAGAGAGAUGACUAUGAGGAGUUCGUGUCAAAGGACUUGAAGCCGCGAGCGAGGGAUAAAGGAGUCAAAGAUGAUCCGCCAGGCUUCAAGGAUAUUGCGGACUACUCAUCCGAGGGUAUUGGAGCGCGCAUGUACGAAAUCACCCUCGACCAAGUGGUCACUUCCGCAUUUUUUGAGAUGAUGCAGUGGCAGUCGACCUCCGCACAGUUGUGGGUGAAAGCAGCCUGCGACUCCUCAGACAUGAAGGCGAGCCUCUCCUGUCAUGAAGUAAGUGCAGAGUUGAUCGACGCAUCUUCAGCCCGUCAAUUCACAGAAGAUGUUCUCAUUGACGACUGCCAGCUCUUGUGGCAGACUCAGCCAUUGACAGUAAUGGAGGCCAUGAAAGGCAUGAUGGAUAGACCGAAGUUCUUGGAAACCAAGCUGAAGCAAGUCAAGCAGAACAUGUGGUUCCGCACUCUAUAUCCCGUGGGGGCAAAGAUCUGUGCCUUCUGUGCGUACACCAGCACCUGCAAAGCCACCAAGUGGAAGGAGGUGCACUACCAGAAGGUACAGGGAACGCCCUUUCCCACCAGGUUCCGGCUGGACCAUGAGGCCUCCAAGCGGCGAUGCCUGGCUCUUCCCGGUUGCGGCUUUGUCGCUUGCGACCGAUCCUUGGGGAACUGCGAGCUUCAUUUGAAGGAGUCGCUUGACAUGCUGCAACCAGGGGGGGACCGCACUUUGCUCAUUCGCGAAGAUCCUGAUUAUAGCGCUGUCAGUGCGGUUUCCAGCUCUGCCGAGCAAGAUGCAGAGGUGUUCUUGCAGAACAUGUGCCCUUGGUUCAUGGAUGAGACGCUUUUCAUCGAGAAUGGCCAGGCAACCUUGCCCAAUCCCUCAUGCAAGGUGACGCGCGAGCAUGAAGUCCUGGCGUGCUCCGAAUUGCAGUCGUUGAGGAAAGAGGCAUGUGCUGCAGGCUUGAUGUUCACCGCGAACCAGAGGAGAGACUUGGCUGUGUCGCAGAUGCAGCAGGCCCAUACCCGUGCGAUCUCGCGGCGGGUGAGCCUUUUUGACCGCAUCAUGAAGAUCGUGAACGUCGUGGCCGUGGUGGUCUCCGUCGCCAUCUCCUUGGUCCCGGGCUUGCAAGCUGUGGGGGCCGCAGCUAUGGGCGGGCUCAAGGCUCUGGCUGUGGCGGGCAAGUUCGCCAGCAUGGCGAGCAAGGCGCUGAGCAUGGCCUCGAAGGUCAUGAAGGUGGUGGGCAAGGUUGGGAAGCUGGUGAGCAAGGUUUGGAACAAGGUGGGACCGACACUCAAGAAGGUGGCUCAGAAGGCGUCGCAGCACUUGAAGAAGGCGCUUAAGAAGUUGGACAAGUUCAAGGACUACGCGGAGAAUGUGCAGGACUGGGCCAAGGAGAAGUGGGAGACGGUGAAGGGCCACCUUGAGAAGGUCUACCAAUUUGGCAAGGAGACCUGGGAGAAGUAUGGGGCGCAGUUCAAGGCCGGCAACCUGUCUCAACUGUCCUCGUUGAUCAAGAACCUCACUGCCAACAUCUCCAUGGACAACGUCUCGCAGGUGGCGCAGAGUGUGAUGAGCGAGACCUCGGGGGAGACCUCGGAGGAGAGUGUCGCGAUUCAACGAGACCGGUAUGCGGAGGGGCAGGAGAUCAUGCACUUCGGGGUGCAUUAUUGGGUGUACCAAAAGGACAUCACGCAUUAUGCGACGAGGUAUACACACAGCAAAUAUAUGGAAUGUUCUUGGCCCGGAGCCUGGUACAGAGCCCUUGAAGAUUUCGGGGCUGCCCCACAGCCACGAUAUUCAAAGACAUGGAUGAUCUCGGAGGACCAACUCAGCGGCCGAAGACGGCGCGCCAAGUGGGUGGGUCGACCGGCGGAUGAUCAAGAUCGAAGGUACUACGAGAUGAGCAUGUCUCACCACAAUAAAUUUCUCGAGAGCGGCGCCAACUCGAUCUUUGCAAACUAUAGAUCCUUGCGGGCCUCCUGCAAAGAGCCGGGAAGCAUGUUCGCGGAGGACCUAGUCACCAAGCUGUUUCCCUCGGGUUCGCCUGAGCCUUUGGAUGAGGAGCACGCCGCGGACAUGGUUCAGGUGAAACAGGAUCUCCUCAGCGCAGGGGAGACGGCGACUCAGGCCGUGUGCAUGCAGCUGGAGGUGCGGCUCUGUGACGCCGGCACGCUGGCCGCGGACCGGGAUGUGGACCAGGCGGCCUUCCUCGCGCAGCUGGAGGCGGAAGAACGGGAGAAGCAGACAGCCGAGAUCAAGGACGAGAUCAAGGCGCAGGCAGAGGCGCUGAAGAAGGAGAUCGCGGAGUCUCAGGCUGCCGUGCAACAAGGCAUUGUGGAGGCCACCGCCAGCAUGGAGCAGGCCGUGGACAAGAGCGCGGAGAAGACCCAGGAGCUAAUGGCGCAAAAGCACGGCGAGACUCGGGCCUUGGUGAUGGAAGAAGGCAAAGACACCCGGAGGGCCAUCACGAAGUCCACGGAGGAGAUCCGCGCCGCGAUGGGCGCGAUGGACCGAAACCUGCAGAGCUCCAUCUCCAACUUGGGCAACAAGGUCCUGCAGGAGAGCCAGCGCAGCACGGCUCAAGUCCUUGGGGGCAUCAAGCAGACGCGGGAGGCCCUAAGCUCCAAGAUGACGGCCAUCACCGGCCAGAUCCAGGACCUCUCCGGGGAUGUGAAGGUGAUGAAGAAGGAGGUGACCGAGGCCGUCAAAGAUACUGGGGACAUGCUGAUGAACCGAAUCCGCAGGACGGAAGAGCAGCUGAAGAGUGACAUCCAAGAUGUUGAACGACAAGUCGUGGCGCGCACGGAUCUGAUCAUGGAUCAGCUGGAGGACGGGGUGGAGUCCCUAUCUCGUCAGAUGCAAGCCUUCGAGGACAAGAUGGACUCAGAUCUGGCGAAGGUGCAGAAUCAGCAGGCGGUGAUGACGGACAUGUUGGUGGCCAACGCCAUGCGCAUGGACGAGCUCCAUGAGGCCAUGGAGGGUGCCCUGGACUUGGCUGAGGAGCAUCAGCUGGAGUAUCUCAGCAUGCACCUGGCGCAAGCGAUGCUGGGGGUGAAGUCCGCCUUUAGCAGCGCCUUUGACUUGGCCCAGAACGUGGAGCGGGCGAAGAUCGCGUACGGGCGGGCGGUGUCCAACUACACCUGGUGCCAGGUUCCCUGGCCUCGGGUGGUGGAAGCCAAAAAUCAGAUGACGGUGGCGAAAGCCUUGCUGACCCACGAGGAGCUGCUGCCGAUCUUCAAGAAGGCGAGGGACGCCUUUGUGGCGGUGGCGGAGGUGCUGACGAAAGGCCGGGUCUUGCGGCGGCUCAUGGAGAAGGCGGUGCUGGAGAUCCAGGCGGCGGAGGUGAAGAAGGCGGCGCGUCACAUCUGUCGUGACUACCUGGGGCCUGAGAGCUUGAAAGCGGUGGGGCAGGUCUUGAAGGCCUCCGUGGUGAAAACGCUGAAAGCCGUCACUGAGCAGCUUGACCAGGCCUACAACUGGCUGCAGUGGACUCAAAGUAUUUGCCGCCCCUACGGUGCCACCCUGGGCAAGAAGUCGCAGGAGAUGAUUUGGGGCGCCUGGCACAGCAUCGUGGGGGAGGUGGCCAAGGUGCUAAGGGCCCUGGAGCUGCCGACCAAAGAUCCCUCCCACGAGCUGCUGUUGCUCUACCACAAGCUGCUGGGUCGUGUGCUGCCGGAGCUGUGUCCGGUUCCGACCAGCUGCACCUCCGCCAUCUUGUCUGUGAGCCCCGGCGCCGUGACGACCUCCUUGGUCACCUGGGACGACAUCGCGCUGCCCACAGGGAAGCUGCUGGUGGUGGUGGAGCAGCCCCAGUCUCUCCUCUUGGAGGACGGGGUGCACUCAGGCUGGGAGAUCGACAUCCGAAAGCCCAUGCCCGCAACCAUCGAAGGUGUCGACAGCCAGCUUCCCCAGCGAGUCUUCGGAUGUCUCUUGGACAAGUCCAGCAAUGGCUACGUGGCUGUGAGGCCGCAAGAUGCCAAGGCGGCCGCUCUGCCGGAUCGGGGCUUCUGCUUCUGCGCCGGCAGCGUGGGCGCGGACGGGAACGUGAGCGCCGCGUGCCGGCACCGAGGAGAGGCCUGCAAAGAGGGCUCCGAUGUGGCGCUGGACCUGUGGUCCCCGGUGCGCCGGGCACUGCCUUUGCCGGACUUCGACGUGUGGACGGAGCGCUACAAGGAGCUCCGCUCGGGGCUCUGCGGGGAUGGCAAGGUGGAUGAUUGGGAGGCCUGCGACGACGGCAACGCCCAGGGAGGGGACGGCUGCGGCUCCGACUGCCGCCGGAUCAGCGCGGGAUUCACCUGCGAGGCGGGGAAGCCAUGCUUCACGACCUGCGGGGACGGCAUCUUGGCGGGGCAAGAAGACUGCGACGAUGGGAACGUGGCCUCCGGGGACGGAUGCUCUGAGAACUGCGUUCUGGAGACUUUCUGCACGCGCAAGGACCCCAACCUGCAGGUCUUCCGCCUGACGAAGAAGAACCACAGCGUGUUGUCCUCGCAGCUUCAGCGGUCCUUGGAGGAGCCCGUGAUGCACGCGGCAAACGCGGCCGGCACUCUGCACGCUGCCGUGCCGGUGCUGACCGGCUCUGUGUCCUGCGCUCACUUCGACUGCCCAGCCGGAUGCAGUGCCCAGCCAUGGCCGGAGUCCAUCCUCUGUGGAGGCGACAAAUGCGACAACUCCGACGUGUCGCGGUGCUGCCUCUGCGAAUCGAGGGGGCAGAGGAGCGUGAAGGGCCUGGGCAUGGAGCCGUGCUUUUCUUGGCAGGUGGACGAUAGUGGAAGUGUGCCUUCUGUGGAGGAGGUAGUGUCUGCUUGUGGUGGAAAACGUGGAUACAUCCUGGCGGCCAUCAAGGACGGGAAGUUCUUGGCGAGGCAUGAGCUCCUCUUGCCGCGGGGCACCUUUUUGAAGGAGGCACUGGAGCAGGGGGGCACUUUCCCGGUGUCCAGCCAGCUGCUCAGCUUGAGCUUGAAGGUCAAGAAACUGCCAGGAGGAGGCACCCGCUUCGGGUACUACUGCGCGGGCUCCGGGGCUGAUUGCCAGCUUUGGCAGGUGACGCUGGGCGCCAACAGCUCCCAGCUGUCCAGGGAGGCCAUGCCCUUCGCCGCCUCCCAGCGGGGGGGGAACCGGGUGAGGGAGGCCCAGGAGGGGACUGUCCUGGCCAUGUACAAGGUGGGAGAUCCUUCGAAGUGGUGGGACUGCAAGGCUGAGAGCCAGGAGCCGCGCUGCGGGGACGGCCUCGUCUCGGGCCUCGAGGAGUGCGAGUUAGAGAAGCCUGGGUGCUCCGUGACCUGUGAGGUGGAGGAGGGUUGGACCUGCGGGCUCCACUCCUGCGAGCCUCUCUGCGGGGACGGCGUGACGCAGACGGGCGAGGUAUGUGAUGAUGGCAGCAACGACCAGUACGGGGGUUGCUCCAACGACUGCAGCUUCCCCACCCGGCGGGACUAUUUGGCCUUCCACCACGGCUGCGAAGGGCCUGAAGACUACGCCAUCAAGAUCCAAGAGAUGAGACGUCCCGACGUCACCGCGUGCCGGCGCCUCUGCACCGCGAACGAGGACUGCUCCGCCGCGGAGUGGCGCGACGACCGGGGCGUCGGGGGCUGCCGGCACUUUGUGGGGCGAGUGCCAGCGGCCUUCGGCCACGACGGGCAGGACACGGGCGCCGCGUGCCUCGUGAAGGUGAAGUACGCUUUGUUCGCGGCAAACAUCAAGAGCGCAAAGCAGGCAAGAGCCAGGUGUGCGGCCGAGGGCCUGGAGGCCUUCUCCCUGACCAACGCUGCGGAGCUGAAGGCGGCCUCCGACUUCCUCAGCGACGUGGAGCUUCAGGGCGAUGCCGGGGUUCCGAUUGCCUGGGGCGCCGGCGGCGCGUUCUACGACUUGGCGGGUGACCCAUACAAGGUGGAUUCCAUUCUCCGGGAGGCGGGCUACACAGACGCGGAGCCUGGCUUUGUCGGCUUCGACCAGUCUUACAGGCUGAAACAUAUCUCCGUGUCGUCCGCCGUUAUUUGUGAAGCGCGGCACUUGCUGACCACCACCACGACCUCCACAACGACCACCACCACCAGCACGUCGACCACCAGCACGUCGACCACCAGCACGUCGACGACCAGUACGUCGACUUCCACUUCGACACUUACUACAACCGCUCCGUUGGGCUUUCCAACCCGCUCGUGGUUCUCAGCUGGGUCUGGAAAGUCUGGGUACCUGAAGCUUGGAGGCGAAGCAUCCUCGGCCUUCAAGUCGAUGAUGUCGGGAGAUGAGCUGUCAGUGGAGCUCAUGUUCAGAUUGCUGGAGAAGCCCAACAUUGACCAUUCGAUCGUCAUGGGCACGAGUGUCAACCCUCCUAUGCAAGGCGACGUGACAUUUUCAGUCACAGUGCGAAGUCAUCACGGUGAGCUGAAUGUUGUUUUUGCCGGCAACAACGACUACCAUCACCUCAUGAGCCAUCGUGGAGUAUGCGACGGCAAAUGGCAUCACCUAGUUCUGCUGGUACGAAAAUCCGCCAGGAAAGUCUUCCUGUACGUGGACGGCCAGAGUGUCCUUACGCAGAGCAACCUGCGUACAGGGAUAGCAACAGCUACAAAGUACGGCACGGACUUCAUCCUAGGCACCGGCAGCAAGGAUUGUGGAAGGUGGUGCCAUGGGCAUCCUGGCUACAAGCAGAACGCCCAUUUCGCCCGCCUGCAGUUCUGGAAGAGGGCGCUCUCAGGCCAAGAGCUGGGCCCGAACCGCCCCAGCACAUGUGACAAGGCCGAUUUGGUCUCAGCCUACGAGCUGGAUGGCUCUUACGGCGACGGUGUUGGAAGCAACCCGGACUUUGUGAACAGUCAGGGCCAGUUUGUGUCUGACCUCUACGACAUCUCGAAGGUCUGCCUGUAUACCCAGGCGCUGCCAACUCACUCUUGGUUCUCAGCUGGGUCCGGAAAGUCUGGGUACCUGAAGCUUGGAGGCGAAGCAUCCUCGGCCUUCAAGUCGCUGAUGUCGGGAGAUGAGCUGUCAUUGGAGCUCAUGUUCAGAUUGCUGGAGAAGCCCAACAUUGACCAUUCGAUCGUCAUGGGCACGAGUGUCAACCCUCCUAUGCAAGGCGACGUGACAUUUUCAGUCACAGUGCGAAGUCAUCACGGUGAGCUGAAUGUUGUUUUUGCCGGCAACAACGACUACCAACACCUCAUGAGCCAUCGUGGAGUAUGCGACGGCAAAUGGCAUCACCUAGUUCUGCUGGUACGAAAAUCCGCCAGGAAAGUCUUCCUAUACGUGGACGGCCAGAGUGUCCUUACGCAGAGCAACCUGCGUACAGGGAUAGCUACAGCUACAGAGUACGGCACGGACCUCAUCCUGGGCACCGGCAGCAAGGAUUGUGGAAGGUGGUGCCAUGGGCAUCCUGGCUACAAGCAGAACGCCCAUUUCGCCCGCCUGCAGUUCUGGAAGAGGGCGCUCUCAGGCCAAGAGCUGGGCCCGAACCUCCCCAGCACAUGUGACAAGGCAGGUCUGGUGUCGGCCUAUCCCUUGAACAACGACUACCGCGAUGCCAUAGGAGACAAUCCCGACUUUGUGAACGCCCAGGGUAAGUUCAUGUCCGACAUCUACGACACGACGAAAGUUUGCCUGUGAUGGGAAGAUGCGCAAAAGGGAAUCUGGCCGAAGGCCCAAUCCACAUGAAAUCUUGGAUGUUCAGCCCACAUACUACAAGCGCUU